AUGUCUCCCGUAUCUCUCACACCCGCCCAAUCUCACGCCCUCCUUGACAUCCUCACCCAUCGCGAAACAUACACAGCUGAAAUCGAGCUAUUCAAAACACCUGGCAUAAUCAAUUCAUACGGUCCACCUUUCCAACCCGAUCCACCUGCCACUACUACUACUACUACUAGCAAUAGUAAUAGUAAUAAUCGUAGUAAUAAUAAUAAUAAUAAUCCUAAAAAUGAUGGUACUGACAGUAGUUCCAAAAAAGACGCCGACACCGCCGCCGCCGCCGACAAAAACGAUGAACCCAAAAAGGUCACCUCGAAAUCCCCAAUCCUCCAAAUCCUCUUCUCCACCUUCAUAGUCCCCAUCCCAGGUCUCCGCGACAUCUCCCAAGAUUUCUGGUCAAAACGUAUCCAACCUCUCAUCGAUGACCUCGCCAAAGCAAACCUUUCGGAAUCUUACGAUAAGGGUUCCAUGGGAAUUCGCAAAACCCUGGCUACCGCUGUCUCGGCUUUGAUAGAAUACCCUGCCCGGGGUUUACUAGGCGGUAUGCCCGGCCGAGAGAUAAAACCGGACCCGAAUCGAGUAUAUGACGUAAACCAUCAGCAGGAUUUGGUAGAUGCGUGGAGGGAGUUUAUGAGACAGGUUGUGUAUGGAGAUUUGUUGGAUCAGUUGUUUGAAAAGGCGGCGCAGAGUGAUGAUUUGCAGGCUCAUAGUGACUUGGUCAUUGCUGCGCAUCAACAUAUUGUCGUCAACUUAGCUUCUUUGGCACAUUAUGUGUUAGUCACCUCGCCGAAGGGACAGACAUUAUUGUCAUUGGUGGAAAGGACGAAUAAGUUGAUUCCGUAUCGCAUCGUUCGACAGACUUUGAAGGUUGGGAAUGCUGCCACCAUGAUUAGCGGAAUGACCCGUCUGGUUCUAGCAAAGGUCAGCAUCGGAACACUCACAAACUGGAUCGGCUGGAGCAGCGGCGCAGACGAAGGCAUGAAUCUACUCCAAACUAUCAUAUACACCGUUCUAUCCUGGGAAAUCAAAGAACUCGAAUCCAGAGUCUCAAAGCUCGAAAAAUCUAAAGACUGUCCUUCAAAACAGCACCUGGCAGCCAUCCUCGCCUAUACAAAACUCACACGUAUUGAUCAAGAAGACUAUCGUGUGAUCAGUAAAGCUUCAUCUACCUCCAUAGUUCACUCGAUCAUCUCACUCGCACCUUCAUCUCCUUCCACGGAGUUCACAGUCGAAGGACACAAACUUCUCCUCGAAUACCUUUCAAUACAAUUAUCCAUCCGUGAUAGAGAACAUCUGAUCCUCGUCCUGUGUAAAUCAAAUCCAGACGUACUAACCGCGGCCAUCCGGGAUAUCAUGCAAAUCUACGACCCCAUCUUACGAGAUAUCCACAAUGCCGUCGAUCUCAGCGGUACCAUAUCAGAUUUCGAAAGGUUUGUAAAUGAUAUGAUAAAAAUUGCCAAAAUCCCAUCAACCGAAAGUGGUAGCGGUACCAGUACCCCGACAAAUAAUGAAAACGGACCGAAGAAACCUCCCGGCGUCGAAGAUUUCGUCAGGUUAUUCGAAAGACAUCAGGGGAGUUGUCAUGUUUUCCUUCACCAGUUUUGUAAAAAGGGGGAUAAGGCGAAGGAGUUAUGGUUGGAAUAUGCAAAAUAUGCGGCGAAGCAGUUUAGACGUCCGGAGGGUGUUACGGGUGAAGGCGCCGGAGGGUUCACGGCUACGUUGAAUAAACUAGUCGAUGAGUUAAAUGAAGAAGAUAGAAAAGUUGUCUUGCGGCAGAUGGACGAGUAUGAGGAAUACCUCCAGAAACUCAACCAGAAGACAAAACGGAGGAUGGAAUCCAUCAUUUCUAUCAACGAGGGAGAAUUGAAGAAGCCGUUGAAAAAGGGUCCUGGGAACUUUUUGUUCAAGUGGCAGGAAUUGUUGGAUUCCACGGAGAUUACGCCCGCCGAAGCUACCGGUGGGAAAGUCAGAAGUGGGAAGGAUACAAGUGUUAGAGCUGCUAGCGGGGUAGGUUUGGAUGGUGAGAAAAGAGGUGGGAAGUUGGUUUCCGGGAUUGGUGAGAUUGUGAAUGGAGAUGGUGUGAAGGAGGUAGUUGAGAUGCCGGAUGUGAGGAGGACUGUGGAAUUGCUGUUGCCGCGGUUUAAAGAGGUACUCGCGAGUAGUGAGUACCUUGAGAAGAAAGAUGAAAAGGGUAAUGAUGAUGAUGAUGAUGAUGAUGAUGACGAUGACGACGAUAGCGAUUCAUUCUUUGAAGCUAACGAAGAAUGA